GGGAGUUGUCGACGCGUUAUCCGUAUCCGUAUAUAUUUUAUUUGUUGCGACGCUCUCUGAUCAAACGUUAUUUGCGAAGUCUCUCAUAUUUCACUUCACUUAGGGUUUCGUUCUUCUAAGCUUUGAGAAUCCAUCUUCAACUGUUUGCAAUGGCAGGACCAGAUUUGUUCUUUGUUAAGCUCCUCGGUCAAGGUUCGUUUGGUUCGGUCAGUCUCUAUCAAGGCGUACGCUACGACGGCGCUAUGAUUUCUGUAGCCGUCAAAACCUCCGACAGUCAACAUGCCGAGUCUCUAUUCAGAGAGGUUCAAAUACUGUCUGAAUUUAAAGGGUGUCCGAGAAUCGUCCAGUGCUACGAGACAAGAGUGGAAGCAAGUCUCAACCGAUUUAAUGGUAGCGUGGAGUACAAGAUUCCCUUGGAGUACGCUCCUGGUGGAAGCCUGAUGAGUUUCAUCAAAACAUUCAAAGACAAUAAGCUGCCUGAUCCUAUGAUCAGAGACUUUACUCGUAUGCUUCUCCAAGGGUUAGCCACGAUUCACGCACACGGUUACGUUCACUGCGACCUCAAACCAGAGAACAUCCUCGUUUUCCCUAGCUACGUCAACAACAACGGCGCGUGGAGAUCUUCUUUCGAGUUGAAGAUUUCUGAUUUCGGCUUGUCGAGAAGGGAAGGAGACAGUAGCUGGUGGGAACCUAAUCAUCCGUUCGCGGGAACAUCGAUCUACAUGUCUCCUGACUCGGUUUCGUACGGGGAGACAGGGAAAGACCUCGACUUGUGGUCGUUGGGGUGCUGUGUACUGGAGAUGUACACUGGGGAGGGACCAUGGUGGCAUAAGCACUAUGAAGUGGAUGAUCUCAUGAAUGGCCAAGAGCCGCUGAUUCCGAGUUACCUUCCUUUCGAAGCAAAACUCUUUAUCAUGACUUGCUUUGCGCCGAGGACAAAAGACGCGACAAGAUUGUUGAAGCAUAUCUUCGUACGUGGAGACGAGGGAAGAUGA